CUGUCAAACAGCUGUUUUCACAACACCGCUGGAUUCAUGUGAAUCCAUGUAAGACGGUGUAAAUACUUGCAAAAUGCGCAAAUUCAAGUGCCUCGUCGUGUGAUGAAUAGAACGAAACAGACACACCACCAGUACACGUCGUUUGGGACAUGUUUAAGAAGUGAUUGUAUUGCUUAGGUUCAAAUUGAUUCGCCCAGAGUGGGUUUUAUCCUGAAGGAAAGUACGCAGCGUGUAGUCCAGUAGAGUGUUUUGAAAGGUGGUUCAGGCAACAGUCUUAACUGUUGUGCGAAAACAAAGUAUUUUCGGUGAGAUAUCGUAAACUAACAUCAACAAGAUGGCUCGCGCAUCAGGGAAAGCACAUAUAAUUGUUCUAGAUGUCGGUCUUAGCACUGCGAUUGCUACUGGUAUCGAAAAGCAAAGCUUCUUCCAAAAGGCGAAAACGUGUGUAUCGCUUAUCAUACAGCGCUUGAUUUUCAGCGCACCCAACGAUCAUGUCGGUGUGGUGCUGUUCGGAACGCAGGAAACCAACAAUCAGCUAAGCGUCGAACUAGGUGGCUACGAGCACAUCACGGAAGCGUUCGAAUUGAAACAAGCCAGCUGGCAAACACUGCGUAUACUGCAGAAACAAGUAACACGAUCGAGCUCGGAGGCCGGCUGGUUUGACGCGUUGAUCGUGGCAGCCAAUUUGCUAAAAACCGAAAGCCUGGGCAAAAAGUUCACCGAUUACAGUAUUAUUUUGAUUUCUCCAUUGUUUACACGGGACAAUGUCGCGGAAGAUCAGAUAGCCGGAGUGCUGGAGGGCAUACGCGGGAUGCAAGCCGUACUACACGUCAUUACCAACUUCGUCCAACACCCAGCAGCAACCGUCGCUUCGAUUUUUACCACCUCUGGCACGUUUGAAGAGCAGGCAAACAAAUCGGAAGCGCGUGCUUGGAACGAGCGAUGGGUAAAGAAAGUACUGAAUGACACAAACGGAACCGUGUCCAACAUAAACUGGGCAGAGCGAAUGUUGGCGUUUUUCGACCCAAAAGCCGUACGACCGACACCUUGGAACUCCGUACUGUGCAUUGGCACGAAAGUGAAUCUGUCCAUUUCGGCCUAUGUUAUGAUAAGUGAAGAGAAAGGAUUGGGAUCGUUCAAGGUGGACAGUGUUGACGACUCCACCAGCUCCACCACCAGGGUGGAAAUGAAGACGCAAUACUUUUUGAAUGAUAAACCGAUGGAAAUUUCGAUGCAAGAUAUUAUUAUGGGUUACAUGUACGGUUCUACAGCCGUGCCGUACGAUAACACGAUCGAUAUCGAGUACAGAUCGGGCGAGGCACGGUUGGCCUGCUUAGGAUUCACUGCGUCCAGCAAUAUUCUCGAGGAACAUUUGGGUGCGAAAGGAUCGCACGUGGUGGUGGCAAAGAAGGGAUGUACCGCCUCGAACCACAAGCUUUCCGCGUUGGUUAAAGCAAUGGCCGAACUGAACGUUACCAUGAUCGCUGCCAAGGUGUACCGCAAAGACAAUAGGCCAAGAUUGAAUGCCUUGGUGCCGACGUAUCGAAACGAAGUUCCAUGUCUCACGAUGCUGGAGCUUAUAUUUAAGGAUGAGUUGUGCUGUUUGAAGUUCCCUCCGUUGCUGAAAUCGAAACCGAAGCCAACGGCUGAACAGUACGACGCGAUCGGCAAGCUAAUUGACAGCAUGAACCUAAUGGAUGCGUUUGACGAUUCGAAUGGAGAGGCUCGCGAAGCGUUUGCACUGCACGGCACCUACAAUCCGACGCUGCAGCACGUGUACCGAGCGGUAGCGCGCCGUGCGCUCAAUCCCAACCAACCUUUGCCAGCAGAGCCGGACAGCACAUUGCAAGAGUUAACGACCGUUCCGAAGAAAGUGGCGGAUCGUUCAAAACCGGCGCUGGAAGAUGUAAAAAAGCUGUUUGAAUUAAAAGAAAUCAAACAAAACACGCGCGCCGAAUGGCUCCAGCGGAUGGCGAAGGUUAAGCUAGAGGAUGAUGCCACCUCCAUCGUUUCCACCGUAGACAGCGGCAUUCUGAUGGACGACGACGACGAUACCGACCGACGGACGGUUGUGUCCGUGGGCACCAUUACCCCGGCACAGGAUUUCGCUCUUCUGCUCCGCAGGGGUGAAAAGUUUGCCACCGUAGCUACCCAGCUGCAGAACGUUCUGUUCGAGCUGUUGUUCACCUCGAUGCGGCCACCGGGAGAUAAGGUAGUGGCGGCGCUGAUUGUGUAUCGAAGCGAGGCGCGAAAUCUUGGCCCGUACCGGUACAACGAGUGGAUGACAGAGUUUAAGCAGAUGUUGCUGACGCGACGGAAGGAAGCUUUCUGGGAGGCGGUGAUCGUUGGUAAGCGGUUGGGUCUUAUCGAUUCGCAGGAAAGUGACAUGAGCACGGUAAGUGUGGAACAGGCAGCCACCUUUUACGAAACACCAACCCAAAGCAAGCCGGCAGUUGAAAGUUCUGCGGGCGAUGAGAUAGAUUCGGACAGUUUGUUCGAUGAGUUAAACGGUUCGUUUUAGGGAUUUUUGUAAGAGCCUUUUUACGCUCGGAAGGUACACGUGUACAGUUUUGCCUGCAAUCCCAUUUGCCUACAAAAUGUAAGGAAUACCACAAUAAACGAUAAAGUGAAAGAUCGGUAA